UCGAACAUAUUCUAUUUUGUUUUCCUUCCGACAAGCUAAAAGAGAAACACCCAUAUCUCAAAACCUUUUGAUCUUCCUUCUCGAAAUCUGAAACUUUUUUGUACUUGUUUUGCAGUUUUCAAUAUAUACAAUGAGAGAUAUUGUUUCUUGUUUCAGUGAAAACGCAAUAAAUGUUUCACAUUCUUCAUGUUCUAGCUAUUCAAGCAAUGGUUGCAUCUCCCCGAGCCUAGUGCCUUCGGUCCAGAACGCGGUCACAGGCAUUUACAAAGUCAUUCUUUCAACCCAGAAACAGUGUUCAAUCAAGGUCACUUGGUGCAAGAACCAAACCGGUGGUCAAGGCCUAGCCAUAAACUUCGGUGAUUACCCUUCAACAUGUUUCAAACUCAACACCAAUUUAAGGUUCUUCAGGAAGAAGAAAGGCAGCAAAGUGAUCGAAUCUGAUCAUUAUAAGAUCGAAGUCUUUUGGGACCUUUCCACCGCUAAGUACGACACCGGACCCGAACCGGUCGACGGGUUCUACGUUUUAGUCAUGGUUGAUUCAGAGAUAGGCCUUGUUUUAGGCGAUAUGAACGAAGAGGCAGUCACCAAGAAGCUCAAAAACACAACCCCAGUUGCUAAAGCUGCCCUCAUUUCCAGGCAAGAACAUUGUUCGGGCAAUACAGUUUAUUCCACCAAGGCUCAAUUCUGUGAUACGGGAAUUGUACACGAUAUUAUAAUCAGAUGCAGUUGGGAACAUGAAGGCCUAAAGCACCCGGUUUUAUCGGUUUGUAUCGAUAAGAAGACGGUGAUAAAAGUGAAGAGGCUGCAAUGGAAUUUUAGAGGAAACCAGAUGAUAUUCGUUGAUGGGUUGUUAGUUGAUCUGAUGUGGGAUGCGUACGAUUGGUUCUUCAAGCCUGUUACCGGUUCAGCCGUGUUCUUGUUUAGGACAAGAAAUGGUUUGGAUAGCCGGCUUUGGUUUGAGGAGAAGAUGGUGAAGAAAGACCAAGAUAGAGUCGAGUUCUCGUUGUUGAUUUGUGCCCGUAAGAACACAUAAAACAAACUCAUCGCUUGUUC